AUGGCGCGGGUAAAACAGCCGAAUGUGGAAAGGGAAGAAGGCUUGGAGAAGCAAACCGAAAAGCAACCGGCUCUUCCAAGAAAAUCUCCCCGGUCCAAAUCUAAGCUGCUGGUAGUUACUGAGGAAUCAGAAACCGAGUCAGAUGAUAGAGCCUUAGUUCAGAAAGCUGUGGAGACCGCAUUGAGAAUUCCCAUUCCCAAGCAACUGAGGCAGAAAAAGCAGAGAGCCAGUGAAGGGAUCACACGGCAAAUUCCCUCUAAAAGUAUUCCAUCUGAUUUCUCUGAAUUACUAGUUGGAAACCUUGAUAAGGAAGCAAACAACAUUGCCCCCUUUGAGCCUGGAGAGUCCAAGACCAAGGUUCCUGCUUUUGGGAUUACACAGCUGCACAAGAUGAGGAUUCCUCUACCUUUCAGACCAUCUCAAAAGGUACCUCAGAAAGACAAGGGGAAGCAACUAGUUGUCAGCACCUCUAGGACUCAGGAUGAGGCCGAAUCCACUGCAGCUCCUUCUCAUGCCCCUGGACCUUCAUUCAUGGAGAGAUCUCUCAGGGAGAUGUUUCAGGCCGAGCUUCAAGAGUUUGAAAAGAGAGUUUAUGUCACUGCUCGAGAAUACGGGGAAGUCUCAGAUAGAAAGUUUGAGGAGAAAUUCAAGAGCUCAAAAGGGAUGGAAGCCUCUCUCUGUAACAACUUCUUUGCCCCCAGUACUACCUUCAGCUUUGAGGACCUACUUCAUCAUCCCCCAUCUCCUCCUCAUCAUAAGCCUGGACCUUCUACCUCUAUUAUACCCCCUUCUCCAUCUGUACCAUCUACCUCUCCCACUCCCUCUCCUACUUUGGCCCUGAUCACUGUUCCCCAGCCAGUUCCCUCCAUUCAUAUUCCAUCACUCUCUCCACUUUCUCACUUUCCCCCUCUUCCUAUUCCCCUGUCCAUUCCACCUGUGUCUACUUCUUCCUCUUCCCCACCUGAUGCUGACAAAAAGGGGGAGAAAAAUUCUGAUUCUUAG